GUGAGCUGCAAAGUGUUGCAAUUCUUUCACCAGUACAUGUUGGGCUGCAACUACUUCUGGAUGCUCUGUGAAGGCAUUUAUCUUCACACGUUGAUUGUGGUGGCAGUGUUUGCUGAAGAGCAGCGAUUGCACUGGUAUUACCUUUUAGGCUGGGGGUUCCCUUUAGUGCCAGCAUCUAUUCAUGCUAUUGCAAGAGCCAAAUACUUCAAUGACAACUGCUGGAUGAGUGUUGACACGCACUUGCUCUAUAUUGUUCAUGGACCUGUAAUGGCAGCUUUAUUGGUCAAUUUUUUCUUUUUGCUUAACAUUGUCCGAGUUUUGGUGACAAAGCUAAGGGAUACCCACCGUGCUGAGUCCAACAUGUACAUGAAAGCUGUCAGAGCCACUUUAAUCCUGGUGCCCUUACUAGGAAUUCAGUUUGUCAUUAUUCCCUGGAGACCAGAAAACCGACUUGCUGGAGAAAUAUAUGAUUACAUCAUGCAUAUCUUAAUGCAUUACCAGGGCUUACUUGUGGCAACUAUAUUCUGCUUCUUCAACGGUGAGGUACAAGGAGCUUUGAAGAGGCAAUGGACACAGUACAAAACACAGUGGGGCCAAAGGCGCCGAGAGCACUGUUCCACACGAUCUACCUCCUACACUGCAACGUCAAUCACAGAGGUCCCUGUUUACCUGUACCACCAUGAUUCCAACAAUGAACAGUUAAAUGGAAGAUACAUAGAGGACUCUGAACUUGUUGCGUUAAAAUCUGGAGAAACAUCUGCCUAG